GGAGAGGAGUCAGCUGGGACUUUCCUCGCUGCCCUCGAGGAGGGAGAGGAGUUUGAAAAGCGGACACCGGAGCAGGCUGGAGAUGCUCCGGCACAUCAUGUGAGUAUGUGGGGUCUCUCCCCCCGAGCGGGGAUGCCGCUGCUGCUGCUGCUGGCGCCGCCGCUGCUCAUCGCGCUGCAGCUGCUCGCGCUCGGGUCGCGGCUGCCCGCGGGGGCGCGCUCCUGGUGGGGGGCGGCGGCGGGGGGGCCGCGGGACCGAGCCGUGGUCUCCUCCGUGAUCAGCAUCGACCCGCACCCGCGGGGGGCCCGCGGGGCCCGCUCACACCCCCCGCCACGGCCCGGCGCCCUGGAGGAGAUGCGGGAGAAGAUGCGGGAUGCGGCCCGCGCCUACGAGGACGAGAACGAGUGGCAGGAGCGCCAGAUGGGACCCAGAGCGUUGGAGGUGCAGCUAUGGGCUUCAGACAAGCCGUCCUUCACAGCAGAACUCAGUCGUAUCAUUGCAUACAUCGCAAGGCCGCAGCUGAACUGCUCCAGGGUUUAUUCUCCAGGGCAGGCUCAUGCCAUACAGCCCCCUGCGGCUUCAGCCCAUUGGCUCCUGUGUGCGGAGAACUGGCUCCUUCCAGCUUCAGAUAGACCCUGCGUUGCAUAUUCCUUCAGGAUGGAUGGAGGCGAUGCAGACUUUCUGAGGACUGUAUCCCGACUUGGAUGUGAAGUCCACAGUUUCGAUCCCAGCAACUCCAAUGCAUCUGGUGGUUCCCCUGGAAACAGUUUGGCUAGUAACCAUAGUGAUGAAGUGGGUGUCAGCCAGCACAAGAUGUGGCUUGACUGGCGAACUCGAAAAAGGCGCAGGCAUAAGACAAGAGGCAACCUGGUCAGUGCUUCUCAAACACUGGCAGACAUCAUGGCAGCUUUGGGACAUCACACUGUCCAUUUUCUGUAUGCUGACCUCUUAAGUGCUGAGUGGCGAGUUUUCCAGAACUGGAUUGAGGCUGGAACGCUACAAAAUGUCCAUCAUCUGGUUGCCACAAUACACUUACAGUGGGCAGGCUUUGAGGUGGGAGGAAACAGUGAGGAAGUUCUCCGCUAUUGGUUCAGUGUCCUUCGGGGUCUUCAGGCUUCUGGACUCAAGCUGGUCCACAGUUAUGCAGGAGAGGGUCACAGUGUCCUCAAACAGACCGUAACAGAUGCUCACAGCUCCUACACACUUACCUGGGUCAACACGCGGCACUGACACCCACUCAUGAACACAAACGUGGACAUGGACUGAGCUGUUUACGCUGCUGUGGGUGGUGUCAAACAAGAAUCAGGAGGUUAGACUUAUAACAGACCAGUCUACUAGCUUUUUCUAAGAGGUUUUAUUCAUUACAUCUCCCUCUAGUGGACAUGAAAGGAUUGACAUAUUUAUAAUUAUAAAAAGAGAAGUUCUGUUGUGUUUAUACUGUAUAUGGUAAUAUUUGAGUUUGACUACUUGUAAAGCAGAAGUGAAGCCUGCUGAUUAACCUGCCUUAAAACACAUGUUUGUUGAUUGAAUGGAAAUAUUUUAUUUUGUCUUGACAUGCAGUUUUAAAAACAGCGGAUGCUCUCUGCUGCACACAGCUGAGGCAUUUUUAUGUAUUUUUCUUUUGAACCAUGAAUAUUUAAUUUUUAUCACAUAACAUGCAGGGAAAUGUCGUUUUGAUAGAUUAGAUGCUCAGAUUCAAUAGAUUGCAUAAUUUAUCUUUGUACAUCUGUGUGAUACUUAAAUGAUGUUGGUGCAAUAAAUCGUUACAAAGAAGAGCGUAGCUUAUAUUGAGACUGACUGACUACUGUAGGAGAUAUAGAAAUUCUUACAUCAUAAUGCAGCCUUUUUGCUAUCUGAUGUAUGCUGCAUAAGAGAGUAUAUGGGUGAAACUACUGAAAGUAUGCUGAAAAGGAAUACUUAAUCUCACCAAAAAGUCUUAACUAAUUUGUCCUUUGAGGUUCGCGAUUAUCUGUUUCUGUUGGUAACGCAGAUAAAUGAGUACUGAAUUUUAACAGUCCUAAUCUUUUUUCUUUUCUUUUUUUAGACUGCCCAUGUAGACUAAACCUCUGAAAGGUACAUGUUCAGCUUUAAUAAGGAGGGUUUACCAAAAUUACUUUGUUGCACUAUUCCUCUGUUUUCAUAAUUAACUGUCCAAAAAUAAUUAUAAAGAAUAAGGACUUUAUUAUUAUUGAUUACAAAUAUUUAGUGAAACCAUCAUUAAAUGCUGACUUUCCUCUCUUUAGACUAUGCUUUACCUGCCUUUAAUGGUGCCUUUGUAUCCCCACCAGUUGUGGGUCCUUUGCCCCUUGGUUCUGUCAUUUGUAGUUAAAAGCCUCAACAGUGUGGCUAACUUGGCAAUCCAUUCGCAAAGCUCUUGGGAUAACUUUGUGACAUAAUUUAUGUCAUAAACCAUUUGUGGGGUGAGGUGCCGUUAUGAAAUAAUUCUACAAUAUUUCACUUGUUUUAAACUGUCUUACAAUCCAUUUAGGGUGGGGAGUUCACCGUAACAAUUGCUUCUUUUGGAAACUGCAACAGGUUACUGAUGUGAUUCUUAAACUUUCAGGGUUUUUCUCCGUUCUUAGCCUAAUUAUGACAUAUUUCACUCUCACCAUCACCUCCAAUAAAUACAACAUUUGGAAUCAACUCCAUGUCUUAUAUUUUUGCAAGAUUUUGAUCGAAUGACAGUAGCUCCUUCAAUGAAACUUAGGCAAGGCAAGGCAGGGCAA